GGCAGCUAGAGUGUGCUUUUAGCUCAACAGGGUGCUGAAACGGAGCGAGGGGAUUCUUUGUUGGUACACUUAUCAUGAAUAUUUGGACUUAAUCCUGCCAGUGCCGGCGGCUCCGAGGGACUAUGAGAAGCUUGUGUGAGGUCAAUGACACGAAGCACACGGUCAUGAUAUCGAAGUAGUGGCUUCAGGACAACUCUGUGACCGCCCUUGAGUAGCCCUGCCAGGACACAGCCCUGAAUCCAACUGAACAUCUCUAGAGAUAUCUGAAGGCUUCCCAUCCAACCUGAUGGAGCUUGAGAAGUACUGCAAAGAAGAGUGCACUGCAAACUCCCCAAAGAAUGGUGCCAGUGGCAAUAUACUGAAGAGUAAUUGCUUCCAAAGGUGUGGAACCUAGAAGAUGAUUGGUGACUUCUGGUUGGAUUUGAAAUGCAACAGAUUUUAACCCCUCACAGAUGCCCUGUCCAAGAUUUCUAAUGACGAGAUUAUGUCCUUGAGUAGACGUUGUUACCAAGAAAAUACAAUAGGUGGGAGCUUGCUGGCACUUCGAUUACUGCCCUAAUGCACCAAAAAGAUCAAGCUGUGGAUGCAUUGCCAAAUCCAACCUGGAAAUAAACCACUGCCUCAGGUUUUUCCUCCUGCUCUGCUCUUAUUGGUCCCUCCUCCCCGAUGACAAGAAGGGAAUAUGUCACUUUUCUUCUGCUGGGCACAUGCUUGCUGUUGGACUACACCUCACCAACACCUCUGCACGAUCACCUCCAGAACAAAACUCAAAGUGGGCUGAUUUUACCCAGAGGAGGUGCAGAAAGUAAGAGGAUGAAGGAUGUUACGGAGGAGAGGCUGAGAACAAGGAGACACUGGCGGGCGAAGGUCAACCGCAGGAAAAGAGGAUGGGUGUGGAACCAGUUCUUUGUCCUGGAGGAGUAUAUGGGCUCAGAGCCACAGUAUGUGGGAAAGCUUCACACAGACGUGGAUCUGGGAGACAACUCUGUCAAGUACACCCUGUCAGGAGAAGGAGUCGGCUCUAUUUUCACCAUUGAUCAAAUAACAGGAGACAUCCACGCACUGGUCAGCCUGGACAGGGAGGAAAAGUCUUUCUAUACGUUGAGAGCCCAGGCUGUGGACCUCCAAUCAGGCCUUCCUCUGGAGCCAGAGUCCCAGUUCGUCAUCAAGGUGCAGGACAUCAAUGACAACGAGCCUCGCUUUCCAGAUGGACCCUAUAGUGCCAGUGUUCCAGAAAUGUCCCCAGCAGGUACUUAUGUAACGCAGGUGACUGCCACUGAUGCAGAUGAUCCAACAUACGGCAACAGCGCACGGAUCGUCUACAGUAUUCUUCACGGACAGCCAUAUUUCUCUGUGGAGUCCAAGUCUGGGGUCAUCAGAACAGCUCUGGCAAACAUGGACCGAGAGGUAAGAGAAGAAUACCAGGUGAUCCUACAAGCCAAGGAUAUGGGGGGUCAACUUGGGGGGCUGGCCUCCACUACCAAGAUCAACAUUACCCUCAGUGACGUCAACGACAACCCUCCUCGCUUCUCUAAGAGUGUUUUUCAUCUGAGAGUGCCAGAGUCGGAGCCAGUGGGCUCAGCUGUGGGUCGCAUAUUAGCCAGUGAUCCAGAUGCCAACAACAAUGCAGAGGUUGAUUAUUCGAUCGUCCCAGGGGAUGAAGGAAGCAUGUUUGACAUCGUCUCUGACCGUCAAACUCAGGAGGGAAUCAUCGUCUUAAAAAAGACUCUUGACUACGAGACCAAGAAGUCCUACACGUUCAAGGUGGAAGCCUCAAAUGAAGAGUUGGAUCCUCGAUUCCUUCAUCAGGGACCCUUCAAAGACUCGGCUACAGUCAAGGUGAUUGUCCUGGACAUGGACGAGCCUCCAGUCUUUACCAAGCACUCGUACUCAAUGGAACUGUAUGAGGACACACCUCCUGGGACCAUCAUCGGCUCUGUGACUUCUCAAGACUUGGACGCCACCAGCAGCGCUGUCAGAUAUUCCAUAGAAUGGAACACAGAUACGGAUAGUUUUUUCGACGUUGACACAGUUGAAGGCACCAUCUCCAUCAACGACUACCUGGACCGAGAGGCAGCUUUGCAGCACAAUAUCACGGUGGUCGCGACCAAAGUCAACAAUCCCCUGCUCUUCGCCAAGGUUUCUGUGAUAGUCAGCGUGCUGGAUGUCAACGAGUUUCCUCCAGAACUCGCUGUGAAUUCUGACACGUUCGUCUGUGAAAACUCUCGAGCCGGCCAGGUCAUCCAGACAGUCAGUGCUGUGGAUAAGGACCUUCCUCCCAUCGGUCAGAGGUUCUUCUUCAAGUCCCCCAGGGAGCUGCGUAACAGGAACUUCACAGUGCGAGACUUUGGAAACAACACCGCUGGCAUAGUGACACGGCGCACUGGCUUUCAGCCGCAGGACCUCUACCUGCUGUCUGUGGUGGUGGAGGAUAGCGGCUACCCAGCUCAGAGCAGCACAGGGACCCUCACCAUCCGUGUGUGCGCCUGUGGGUCAGGCGGCUCAUUGCUCACCUGCUCAGCUGAGGCUGUCUUCCUUCCCAUCGGACUCAGCACCGGAGCUGUGAUGGCUAUUCUCCUCUGUGUUGCUCUGCUCAUAGUACUCUCCGUCUUGUACAUCAGUCAGAGGCGCCACAAGGAGAAAGAGACUCUGAUGACAUCGAAAGAAGACAUCCGCGAUAACGUGAUUCACUACGAUGACGAGGGUGGUGGCGAGGAGGACACUGAAGCCUACGACAUGGGAACACUCUGCAACACUCACUCCCAUCUCACCAGCACUAUGAGCAGCAAGAAGGAGCUAAAUGGCUACGGGGAAGGGGUGCUGCUUCACCUCACCAGCCGCUGCGAAGAUGUACGGUCACCAGACAUUCACCGUGAGACGGCCAGUAUUAUUGGAACAGUGAACUGCAAUCCUUUGCUGUCACCUGGGCGUAGAAUGUCUGAAGGGGACGCCAAAGUCAUCAGGGACUUCAUCGAGCAGCGGUUGGAAGAAAACCAACCGACCUAUGUGGCGCCCUACGAUUCUUUAGCCACUUAUGCCUACGAGGGGGACGGCUCAGUCGCCGGUUCCCUCAGUUCAAUUGAGGAAUCAUGGGUUAUUGACGAGUCGGGUGACUUCAGCUCCCUUGGAGACUGGGGGCACCCUUUUAACACUCUGAGCAGCAUUCUGGACCAGAAGACUCCUGUUGUGGAGGACGAAAGCUGAAAAAAAGUUUGAGGCUUCAAAGUAUUGUGGGUUUUUUUUUUUUAUCAUGUCUAACAUUACAGGGUUUGAAAAAAAAAUAGGACUUGGAUUGGUGCAAUGACUGCGGUACAACUUGUUUACAUGCAUUUCACUGUUUCAUGAAUAAAAUAUA